AGCGGAUCAGAGCAUGAUGUCAUUUAGAUUACAUCUUGAUCAUGGACAGCAUCGCACUUCUUCCGGACGCGACGCGUUCCAAGUUGCGCUCCACACAAAUCCUCACAUCACUCCCCCAGAUUAUAUCUGAGCUCAUACAGAACUCGCUUGACGCCGGGGCACGCAAUAUCGAUGUCGGAGUCGACUGUGAAGAGUGGACGUGUUGGGUGCGUGACGAUGCGUCGGGAAUAGGCAAGGAGGGAAUGGAUAUUCUGGGACGGGGCAUGGAGGCUGGGCGCUACGGAACCUCCAAGGCCUACGCUCCAGAUUCCCUCAACGAGGUUACGACGUUUGGGUUUCGCGGCGAGGCUCUCGCAUCGUGCGCGGACAUAUGCUGCUUGGAGAUAUCGUCUCGUACCAAAGCCGCACAGGAGACGUGGUCGGUCAUUGUCAAGGGGUCCAAGAGUCUGUAUCAAGGACCGGCUGUUCGCUGGAAGCGUGAUGGCCCAGGAACGACGGUUUGCAUCCGAGAUGCUUUUUAUAAUCUUCCUGUCCGUCGUCGAGCACACCCGCCCCCUCCUCGCUGCCUGGACGCAAUCCGACAGGAAAUACAAGUAUUCUCGCUUGUAUUUCCUCAUGUCUCCUUCACACUCGAAAACACACAGUCCUCAAAAGCUGAGAAAGAUGUCUUGCUUCGGAUACCGAAGAGCACGUCUUCAUUAGCCGCCUUCCGGCACAGUUAUGGGCACCCGUUGGCUCAACACGUUGAAGAGGUCGAUGCGACAUUAGGAAGUCUUCAGCUCCGCGGAUUCAUCAGUCUGGACGGAGCACACUCAAAGGCUUACCAAUUCCUCUACAUCAACCGCCACCCGAUAACUUUCUGCGAGCUUCACCGAACGAUUGAUCAUCAGUUCAAUUCCAGCUCUUUUGCUAAACAUGCUUUUGAUGAAAACGGGGAGACCAGCGAGAGGAGCACGACUCGACGAUCCCCUCGGAAAGCUGAGAAGAAGCCAGUGUAUGUUCUCGACAUCACAGUGCCAUCACAAGACCUGGAUAACUGCCUCGAGCCUGCCAAGGCAGCUGUUCACUUACGCAACAAGGCCGGCGUCACCGAGCUUCUAAACUCGACGAUCCAAGGCUUUUUGACACGUCACGGAUUUGCAAUCGCGAAGCAGGAAAACAUUCGGCAUGGGUCCCCUUCCCCACGGAAGAGACGAAAGCUCGAUAAUGUUGAUGACACGGAACCGGUCUUUCGACGGACAUUAAUUCCAUCCCGAGAGCCAUCGCCGUUGUACACUGGAGAGGAGGAGAAGGAGCUGUUGUGGACGGAUCCCAAGACGGGAGAGGUCUUUGUCGUUGAUUCACGCACAGGAAACUCGUACAAACGUGCUGAGCCUCCACCAGUAGAAGGAUCGGCGCCGCAGAAGCGCACGCUGUCCAAGUCGACACCCAGGCCAGAGAACAUGCCAAAUUGGAUCAAGACAGCACUAGAGGUGAAUAACAUCUAUGCGGUCCCCGAAGAGAAGAUCCCCUCGAAAGAACCCACUGUCGAUGGGCCGUCAUCGUCCGGGCGUUUUGACAAGGCCGACAUCUCGAAUGCUGUGGUGAUCGAGCAGGUGGACCGAAAAUUCAUCGCAUGUCUGUUUAAUCGGGUGUUGGUGCUUGUUGACCAGCAUGCUGCGGACGAGCGGAUUAGAGUCGAGCGAUUCUUGAAGGAGCUCUGCGAGGGAUACGUCUCUGGCAAGCGUCCACCUGUCAGGGAGGUGGAAAACUCAGUGCCGGUCCUCCUGACAAGCCACGAAGAGCGCCAGCUCCGCCAGCCUCAGUUGUUGGAAACGCUUGCCCAUUGGGGCUUUGCUUUUGACGAUCCACAUCCAGACAAUGCUUGCGGCAACUACCGGCAGGUAUUCGUGAGGCAGGUGCCUGAAGUGCUAGCGGACAAGCUUUUGAUGCCAGAUGAGAUGCGGGAUUUUCUCAAGUCGUUCCUCGGCAAAGCAGCAGAAGAUAUGCUGUCAACAACAGAACGUGACCCCACCAGCGAAGGCGAGAUCCUAUGGCUGCACGGCCUGCGCCAAUGCCCCAAACAUCUCCUCGAGCUCGCCAACUCCAAAGCCUGCCGCGGCGCAAUCAUGUUCAACGACUCGCUGACCCGCGCACAAUGCGACAAACUGCUCGCGAAACUUUCGAAGACGAUUUUUCCCUUCCAGUGUGCCCAUGGACGGCCGUCUAUGGUUCCCUUGAUCGAGCUCGAGCCGGUUUGCAGGCGACAAUCAAAGCCUGUGGAUUGGAAGGAGUUUGGCUGAAUAAACAUAUGGCCAACUUAUCUGUCUCCAGUGUAGUCGUGCAUGAUGUCCCAGAUCUGCCGCCUUCAUCAGUCCUUCGGCCUGAGUGCAUUGUCGCGUGGCUUAAUUUCAUAGGCUUGAAUUUAAUUGAUACACAAUGUACUGGUAAACGCUCCGACGGUGCUAGUAAAUUGAUAUGGCGACUGCUAUGCCCAAAUGUGGAUGCCGCGAAAGUGGCGGCCAAGUCUCUCGCGCUCCUUCCGCUCAAAGGUCUUGAGCACAUCCAUGGUGGAUGGAUACAGCUCGUAGAUGGACGUGAGUUUCUCACGUGCCAUGGCCUGCCGGCGGACGCGGUCAUCGAUGUCCAUCGAGAGGUCGUCGACCUCCUUCGUACUCGCGUCCACCGGGAACCCGGACCGCAGUUUCGUCACGGCGUCGAACAGCGCGCGGAGCACAUCGUGCCGCGGUCUCCAUGUGUUCCAGAGCGGAGAGAUCCGGUGCAGGACGUGCAGCUGGUACGUCAGAUCUUCGAGGUGUUCAUCUGAGAACGCGUCGACGGCACGUUUGUGGUACCGGCCCCACUUGGUCGCAGAUUCGCGCGCCUUGGCCUGGAGCGGUUUCUCGAGCGGCCGUUGAUCGGUGGGAUCCACGUCCAGGGAUAGCGGGGAGUCGGGGAUGACGUUGCGUUCUGAGCGCAGGCGGUUGCUUCUUCGCUGGUAGGGAAGCAUGACUUUCUCCACGACCUCGAGGCACCGGUCCAGCUCGCCGGCACGGAUGAACGCCAGGGUCAGCUCGUUCCAGUUGUCAGACGAGUACGAGAAGCCAUGCGCCUUGAAUGCAUUCCAGACGUCUGCGAUGUCGUCGAAGCGGCGUCGCUUGGAGAGCGCGCGGAUGUAGCACGAGAGCGGGUCGCACAGAAUGAAGCUGUGCAGCUUGGACGCGCGCUGGUUCUCGCUGUCGUCCUCGAACAACGGCACCUUUAAGUAUCUGACACCCAGUUCGAAGAUCUGGGGCCACAACUUCAAAACCAUAUCCACCCUCCCGCUUCUCGCGUACGCAGUCUGGAUCGCGGUCAGGAUGCUCAGCGUUGGCUCUUGUCCGCGUUCCUGGAAACGCUUCCAGAGCUGUUCCACUUGCUCGAUGCGCCCGCGUAGUCCAUACGACCGGAUCAACGGAAGGUAGAGCUUGUCGAGCGCGGUUCGUCGCCCAUACGAUGGCACGUCCCACGACCGGUCUCCCCCGUCCAACGUCUUGAGGAAGUCCUCGGCCAUCUUGUAGCUCUCCCGCGUGCCAUCUAGUCCAUACGCAGAAACCAGCGCGGAGUAAGUCGACGGGUUCGGCUCCAAACCCCGACCCAGCAUGUCUUCGUACACGUCCAGCGCACGUUGCCGAUCGCGCGCAUGAACGAACCCUGCCAUGAUGAUAGUCAUCACAUGGGCCGUAAUGUGCCGAUUCGAGCCCCAGUGCGCCGCCAGCCGCUCCAUUUCGGCGAAUAUCUUGGUCGCCGUCUGCAUCUCGCGCGCGUUGCAGGCCGACUGGAUCAGAAGCGCGAACGUAAAUCUGUCGGGUCGCACGCGCAUCCGCUCCAGGUGCUGGAACACCCGUGACACAAUCCGGAACGGCGCACCGAUGUUGACAUAGGCUUUGAGCAGCAGAUUGUAGGCGGCUAUGUCUGGCUUUAGGUUGUUGGUCAAGAUAAAGUCAAAAGCCUGGAUGGCGCCCUUCCACGACGCGGCCUCGAUGUGCGCAUCGACAAUGACGGAGACCAUCUGCGUGUCGGGGACGAUACCCUCCGCGACGGCCCGCGCGUACAGAGACUCGACACUCGACGGGUCCUUUCGAUGUGCCAUGAGCGUCAUGACAGUCGUGUACGUCACGAUAUUCGGCGGGUGCCCAGCUUCGCGCAUCUGCUCCAUCAACGAGGCAACCGACUGCAAGUCACCCCGCAUCGCGAAGCUCUUCAGCAGAGUCGUAAACACGUACACGUCAGGCUCGAUCCCGCGGGCUCGCACUCCUUCCAGCCACGGCACAGUUCCGCCGUAGUCACCCUUCUGCGCAUGCGCGAAGAUGCCCACAGCAAAAUGCUCCAGCAGCGGUGCGUUCAUCGGCACUCCACUAUCAUCUGGGGGGAAAUACUCGUCGAAGAUCUCCCGAGUUUUUUCCGUCUUGCCCAAGACCGCGGACGCAUACAUCAACUGGAGCACAGCCUUGACAUUCAUCCACCCCGCAGCACCGAUGCGGUCGAAAUACAGCUUCGCAUCAGCCUCCCUGCCCUCGUUGGAGUGCAGGUACAGCCCCGUGAACAGGUAUUCGUAGCUAUGUUCGCGCGGGAUCGAGUCGUACAGCCCGUGAGCGUCAACAUACAAGUUCGCGCGCGCUAGGAC